UUCAAAUUUUUGCCUGUCAUUUGAAACGGUCACGCAUUUAGACUAUUUCUUGCAAAAAUCGCCCCAAAUGGCAGCUACAGCGCUCCGAAAACCGGUGAUUCCCAAAGAUGACUCAGAUGACGAUAAAGAAUUGCAAAUCGAGCUCAAGGGCCUAGUCGACCGAAUCACGGGUGACGAAUCAAAACUGGUCAGUGUCUCUCUCGACAUGUUAAAAUACUUGAUACGGACCUCAACCUCGUCCAUGACGUCGGUCCCCAAGCCCCUCAAAUACCUCGCCCCCUAUUACGGCCCCCUUCGCGAUAAGUGCGACUCGAUGAAAGACAGCCCCUUGAAGAAGAACCUCUCCGAUAUUGUGUCAGUUUUGUCGAUGGGGGCCAUCGACGGGGCUGUGAAACGCGACUACGACUGUCUCAAGUAUUGUCUCCAAGGCACGAUGGAGAACAUCGGCGAUUGGGGCCACGAAUACAUCCGCCAGCUCGAAACCGAAAUCGUCAAACAAUGGGUGAUGUGCGAGAACAACUACAAGACUUUGAGCCCCCUUGUAAAAGAAAUCAUGAGGUUUAACUGCACCCAUCAUGACGCAAUACAAGGCUGCGAUCUUCUAAUGGAAAUUAAUCAAAUGUACAUGCUUUUCGAUUACGUCACGAAGGAAAACUACAAGCCAAUUUGCUUGUAUUUGGCUUCUUGUGCCAAAUACGUGGACGAACUCGAAAGCAAAAAAAUACUGAAACUCAUUUCACAAUUUUAUUAUCUGUUUGGGGAACAUUGUCGAUGUUUAAUCGUCGCAAUACAGAUUAAAGACUCUGUUUUGAUCGAGAAACUCUUCAAUACGUGCACUGAUAAGAUCACACUGUAUCAAAUGGCGUUCAUAUGCGCCCGACAUCUCUAUCCAAUCGAAUUCAGUCUGGAUGAUGAUGAUACAAGGAGCAUCCUCGAAAAUAGUCACUUGAGUCACUAUUUUUUGAGUUUUGUACGAGAGCUCGAUAUAAUGGAGCCGAAAUCGCCCGAAGACGUGUACAAAACCUGGCUUGAGCCUGUAACUCUUCGUCAGAGUGUCCUCGGGGAAAAACUGGAUAGUGCCCGUCAAAAUUUGGCCUCUUCUUUCGUCAACGGUUUCGUCAAUGCUGCUUUUGGCACUGAUAAACUUUUGACAACCGAUGAUGGCAAUAAAUGGAUCUAUAGAAACAAAGAUGUUGGCAUGUUGAGUGCCACUGCAGCUCUAGGUUUAUUAUAUCUGUGGGAUGUAGAUGGUGGUUUAACCCCCAUUGAUAAAUAUCUAUACACCAGUGAUGAUAAUAUCAAAGCUGGGGCGUUACUAGCCCUUGGAAUAGUCAAUUGUCGUAUUAGAAAUGACUGUGAUCCAGCUCUUGCCCUAUUGGGUGAUUAUGUAGGGAGUGGCAGUGAGGAGUUGCAAGUUGGGGCGGUGCUAGGCAUUGGAUUGGCGUAUGCCGGAAGUGGGCGGAGCGACGUCUUAAAUCUCCUCCUACCGGUGAUACAGACUUCGAAAUCGGUUAAAACUUUGGGCGUGACGAGUCUUGCAUGCGGAUUGGUCAGUCUCGGAAUGAAUAAUAACGAAUUAUCCGAUAUUAUCAUAACAAAAAUGCUCGAAUCGAAUGGAUUGGAUGUUUUAAAGAGUCCGUUUAUGUUAUUGGCGGGAUUGGGCGUGGCUUUGUCCUAUUUUGGUACUAAAGAUGCAAUUGAAGUGCCGACAAUUGUAGCGGAAGUGUUUGAAGAGCCGUUUCGGACCAUUUUUCAGACAAUGCUACAGAUGUGUGCUUAUGCCGGAAGUGGGGAUGUUUUAAUAAUUCAAGAAUUGUUGCGAUUGGUUGAGGAAAAAGUCGAAGUACCGGAAAUACAAACAAAAGAUAAGAAAAAGAACGAUUGGGAUUAUUAUAUGGGGAAGGCUGUGGCCGUUUUAGCGGUUGCUGCGAUUUCCAAAGGUGAAGAAAUCGGGUCAGAAAUGAUACAAAGAAUUUUCGGUCAAAUAUCACGAUAUGGUGAACCUUCGGUACGAAGAGCCGUCCCAUUGGCUAUAGCUUUGACAUCUGUCAGUGAUCCACAGCCGACUAUAAUCAACGUUUUAACGAAAUAUUCGCAUGAUGUUGAUGAUGAUGUUGCUUGUAACGCCAUUUUUGGGUUAGGUUAUGUCGGUGCUGGGACUAAUAAUGCCCGUCUUGCAGUCACCUUACGUCAAUUAGCUUUGUACCAUGCCAAAAACCCAUUUCAAUUGUUUAUGGUACGGAUCGCACAAGGACUUGUCCAUAUGGGUAAAGGUACCAUGACUUUGAACCCAUUACACACCGAUCGUCAAUUGUUGGAUCCAGUCGCAAUGGCUGGGAUUUUAAUUCCGUUAGUGUGUCUACUUAAGCCACAUUCGUUGAUUUUGGGACGUUGUCAUUACUUGUUGUAUUGUUUAGCGGCGGCCAUGCAACCAAGAUGGCUGUUGACACUUGAUGAUAAUUUGAAUUCGGUUUCGGUGACUGUUCGUGUGGGUCAAGCUGUGGAUACAGUAGGAAAAGCAGGUGAACCUAAAACAAUCGCGGGGAUUCACACACAUACAACACCGGUUUUGUUGUGCGCCAAUGAAAGGGCAGAGUUGGCAAAUGGGGAGUUUGAAUCAGCAGCGCCUGCACUUGAUGGGAUUUGUGUCUUGAAAAAGCUUGAAUAAAGUUUUGAUGUUCUAA